AUGUCCGGCUCAGGAGGAGGCAAAAUCAACCCCAAAAACCUGCACUACGACCGCUCAGCAACCCUUCCUCCCUUCCUCGCGCGCCUUCAUGCCCAACACGCUCCUGGAAACUUUGACGGGCCAGACCCAAUAUUAGCUGCUAGACGAAGACCGACAGGCAAAAAAAGGAGCGGGAGUGAGGAGGCGGAGGAUGCGCCGCUUAUUUUGGAUGAGGAGGGGAAUGUGCUUGAUACGAUGACGGUGGGGAAGGAUGGGGUUACUGUUACUGAAAAGGAGAGGACGGUAAAAGAGGAGGGGGAGGGGAGUGGAAGUGGGAGUGGAGAGGGAGGGGUUGGGGAUGAGAAGGUUGAGGGUGGAGAGGGGAAAGAUAAUGGGAAAGGGAAAGAGAAGGAACAGGUGAAAAACGUGGGGAUAGGAGCGAGUAAGAAAAGGAAGGUGGGUAAAGUUAUUGGUGGUGGUGAUGCUGAUUCGGAUCAAGAGCGACAUGGAGAUGACAAGGCGCCAAACGAAAAGUCAGAUGCUACAGCUGCCAAAGACAAGGACAGCGGAAAGACUGAAGAGACACAGGAGGAGAAACCAAAACCCAAGGCGACCAAGAAGAAAGCUAAGAAGAUCAAGCUUAGCUUUGGUGAUGAGGAGGGUUGA